AUGUCGACAAGUCAAAGAAGUGAAAGUAUGAAUACUUUUUUUGAUGAUUAUGUUCAUUCAGAAACAACUUUGAAGCGGAUUGUUGAGCAAUAUGACAAUGCUUUGAAAAGCAAGAUUGAAAAGGAAGAUAAUUCUGAUUUUACAUCUUUUAAUUCAAUAAUUCCGAUCAUCUGUGGCAAUCCAAUUGAAAAGAAGUUUCAAAGUGUUUACAUUAACAAGAUAUUUAAGUUGUUUCAAAAUGAACUACAAGGUUUGAUGUUUUGUAAUACUUCAUUUGUGAAGGAAGAAGGAUUAACAUUGUUUUUUGAGGUGAUGGAAACUGUAUAUGGAAAAGAUGGAACAACUCCAAAAGAGAUUUCCUUUUGGACAUUUGAUGUCUGUUCUGGUAAAAAGAAAAGUCACUACAGUUCCAGAACAUUAUAUUUUGGAAUGAUGGCGCAAAGACAUUAA